AACACAACUAACCUCAUUCACUUCAUUCAUUGAAAUGAAUAAAUAUCAUUGGUAACUUGAUAUAUUGUCAAUGGGUUUCUUUUGUUGUUGUUAGUUUCUUUAUUCUAUUGACAAGAUAUAAACAAUUUAUAAUAUUCAAUUACUAAACAUUAUGAUUCAUUAUCAUCAUCUAAUAUAUAUAUAUCAAAAUAGUCAAUCUAACAGGUAUUCAUUAUGUAAUUAUUAUCUUAUAUGGUAUUUUAUAUUAUCUUAUAUAUUUGCAAUUCCAUUCCAUAGAAUGCAUUCAGAGAUUACAGUCAGUUUACCGGAUACUUAUAUGUCACAUAUAAAUACAAAUAAUAAUUAUUAUUUAAAAGAUUAUCAUAUCAUCAAUUUUAAACAUUUAAAUAAACAAAAUACAAAUUUAUCAUUGAAUAAUCAAAUUAAGAAUAUAAUGGAUAAUUCUAAUUUAACUAGAAUAAAAGAGCAUAAACAAUAUUAUAGACAACAAUUAUAUCAACCGACAGAAGCUUUACACUUUCAAUCAGGUUCAUAUUUAAUUAACAAUCCUUUACAUGUUAGUUCACAGAAUCAAUAUUUAACUGAAUUGGAACAAUAUUAUCCAAAUGUUUGGUUUCAACAAAGAAAAUAUUUGACAACAUCUAAAUAUCGUUCCGAUUUAUGGACUACAUUACAUGUCGAGAAUUGUUAUGAAGUCAAACCAGCUCCGGACUUGUUAUCUCAAGAAGAAAUUCAUUGGUAUGAAAGAAAUUUAUUCAAUUAUAAUAAUAAAAAACGUUUUUCAAGACAAACUAAAAGAAAAUAUAAAAGUUAUUAUAAGAAGUUACCUGGUUUAAAAAGUCAAUGGCUUCGAAGUAAAAGAAAUUGGAUUAAAUCUCCUAAAAAGUUUACAUGGUUAACAAGAAAGCAGAAUAAAAAUUACUCUUUAUUGAGAUCAAAACGCUCGGUUCAUGAAAAUGAGAUCAAUGUAAAUGAAAAAUUGAAAAUAUCUAGCAACACAGUUGUAACCAAUCAGAAUGUUGGAAAUAAAUCUGCAUUAAAUCAUCAUUCUACAAAUAAUGUUGUUGCUGUAAUCACUGUGCACAAAAUUGCUAUUCGUCCAUCUGUAUUAAUUUUAAAACAAGGAAAUGUUCAAGCACGUAUACAGUAUGUUAUGCAAUUACAUAAAGAAUUAACUGAACAAUAUCGGCUUAUUUUAGAAGUACGUAUAAAUCCGGAAUUUCCUCCGUUAUACAUUGGAGUGAUCCAGAAUGUAUGUGAUUACUGGCCAGCAAAUGUUCCACAAUCAAAAUGUUCACUGAAAAGACCUAGAUUUUAUCAGAAAAACACAAUGUGCUUUUGCAAUAUGCCACCGGGUAUUUAUAGACAACGUGUGAAAUUGAAUCUUAACAAUAUUCUAGAUGAACUUGAAUUACCGCGAUUUUUAGUUAAUUUCUUAUUUUCUGAUAAGAAACUCGAUGUUCAUAUUACAAUCAAACUAGAAAUGGAAAAUAAAGAUCUUGUAGGUUGUAUGAAAGUGAAAUUACCAUUACAAUUUAUAUCUGCAUAAAGAAUCAAAUGCCUUAUACUAAUUUCUUUCUUUCUUUCUUCUUCUUCUUCUUUUUCUCUUUUCUUCCUUUAUUUUGCAUUAUUUUUCAUAAAUGUACUAUUCAGUUGUACAAAAAGGAAAAACUCAUGUUCG